AUGGGUCCUCUUGUCGGAGCGACGGAACUUUCGAAAGCACUCAUCGAGGCUGGGAAUAACCUCCUCAAGCCUCAUUCUUCAACUGAAGAAAUUCUCAGUCUUCUCGAUCGUUUCUUGAGAUAUUUUUGGGAUAGGGAACUCGUUUCUGCCGUAAAGGAAAUCGAGUCUCUGCUCUUAAAUGUCGAGCAAGAUCCUUCUGUCUCAGUACAGAGAGCCCUAAUUCCAUCAAUGAAGGCUUUGGUAUCUGCUGAUCUCUUAAGAAACCCUGAUUCUGAUGUUAGGGUUUUCGUUGUCUCCUGCUUAACCGAAAUCAUGAGGAUUACUGCCCCAGAGGCCCCAUAUACCGAUGACCAAAUGAAGGAGAUCUUCCAGGUGACGAUAGAAGCCUUUGGGAAACUAGCUGAUGCUUCCUGUCACAGUUAUAGGAAAGCCGAGGCCGUUCUUGAUACUGUCUCAAAGGUCAGAUCAUCCUUGGUGAUGUUGGACCUGGAGUGCGAUGACCUUAUUUUAGAGAUGUUUCGACAGUUCUUGAAAAUCAUAAGCCCGGAUCAUCCUCAAGUGGUGCUUCUUGCAAUGGAAACAAUAAUGAUCACAGUUAUAGAUGAAAGUGAAGAAGUAUCCACAGACUUGCUCGAUAUUCUCUUGGCUAGUGUCAAAAAAGAUAGUCAGGAUGUCUCACCAAUGGCUUCAAAGCUUGUUGAGAAGGUUCUCAGUAUAUGCACCUGUAAGCUCCAACCGUGCAUCAUGGAAGCUUUGAGGUCCACAGGAACCAGCUUGGACAUGUAUUCUCCAGUAGUUUUUUCAAUCUGCCAAAGCGAAUCUGCCACUACUCAACCACACCAUGUUGUUGACGAUAAAGAAAAUGAGGCAGAUGAAAAGAAAUCAAAAGAGCAAGUAGUUCCGAGUGAUUCAUUGGAGGACAAAUUGGAUUUGGGAAUUUCUCGCAAGGGGAAUAGGUCCAAGAGAACUGCAAGAGGUGGUACUCGUCGAGCCAAUGGAGAUGACAAAACAAGAAAUGGAAACGAUUUGAAACAGCUUUUGAAGCAAGGGCAGUCUGAAAGUACAGAUGCAGAGACCGAAUCAGGGUCUACAAGAAAGAGAGGGAGGAAACCCAAUUCUCUGAUGAAUCCGGAGGAAGGCUAUUCAUUUAAGACGUCCUCAAGCAAGAAGAUGCAGGAAAAGGAAGUUGGGAAUUUAUCACUUGGAAAGCUGGCUGCAAAGAAAGCAUCUUCUCCUUCUAAAGUUGGUCAAACAAAUCAGUCUGUCGUUAUUUCUCUGUCACCCUCUAGUAGAGCUAGGACGGGGUCACGUAAGCGAAGCCGGAGUAAGAUGGAAGAGACCAUUCUUGAUGUAGGCUCUUUAGCUACACUAACUUCAAACAAACAGAUUCCGAAGAAAGAGGCUCCUGAUGAAGAAGAUUUUAUGGAAUCUGACCUUGAAAAACCUGACAAUGGCAUUAAGACUGCCAAGUCAAGUAAAAAGGAGAAAGCACAGAAUGGUUCAGCAAAAACAUCUGCAAAGAAACCACAUGCAGAAACUAAGAUGGUAAAGACCAGCGAGAAAAAAGUAGUCCACUCAGAUGUUAAGAAAAAGAAUUCAGAAAGCAGAAGCAAGGAUACUCCUACUCCUCAAUCAUCAAAGAACAAGAAGAAGAACUCUCGUGCAACGACACCUUCGACCAAGGAAUCUGAACAAACUCCGAAGAGCCAGCCCAAGAGGAAACGGACAGCUGGAGAGGAGAAGAAGAACUCUCGUGCAACGACGCCUUCGACCAAAGAAUCUGAACAAACUCCGAAGAGCCAGCCCAAGAGGAAACGGACAGCUGGAGAGGAAGUGAAGAAGAACUCUCGUGCAACGACGCCUUUGACCAAAGAAUCUGAACAAACUCCCAAGAGCCAUCCCAAGAGGAAACGGACAGCUGGAGAGGAAUUGGAGUCGAGGAAGAAGGAGCUUGGUGAGGAAUUGGUUGGUAAGAGAGUUAAUGUCUGGUGGCCACUCGACGAGGAGUUUUAUGAAGGCGUCAUACAAUCCUAUUGUAUUCGUAAGAAGACGCAUCAAGUAGCAUAUUCUGAUGGGGAUGUUGAAAACCUUAAUCUGAAAAAAGAACGUUGGGACAUAAUCCCGGAUAGUUCUUCAGUUAGUGAGAUUAAGGAGAUUGAUCUGCCUGAGUCUCUUACUUUGUUGGACUUAGUACGAAGGCAGAAAGCCAAGAAGAGCAAAAACGUGUCUAUGAAUGUGGAACUGAGCAGUUCUUCAGAAGUCAGAUCCUCAAUGCAGAAGAAAGACUCUGUACCAAACUCCACGAAGCAAGCGAAAAGAACCAAAGGUGGACUGAAGGCUGUAAGCAAUGAACCAGAGAGCAGAGAAGCGAAAAAUCUUAAAUCAUUAGAAGAGCUAAAUGCUGAAUCUGGCAGAAGAAGAGGCAGGUCUGAGAAAAGGCAGAAGGUGACUCAAGCUAUGAACCGGGAGAGUGAAAAAGAUUGUGAUGAGAAGGAAGAACCUGAAACUAAGGGUGAAGACAGUCUGAAAUUCGAGAAAGAGUCAAAUGCAGAGCUUGAAUGUAAGAGAGAUCACCAAGAAUUGCUUGAAGGUCCAAAUGCAGCAACAGAAACUGAUAGAGAAGAGCUACAGUCUACAACAGAGCCAAUUGCAGAACCAGAAACUGAUGGAGGAGACGAGCGUAUUUCUGUGAAAGAGUCAAAUGUUGAACCCAAAACUGACGGAGAAGAAUGGGAGGCUGCAAAAGAACCAAUUGCUGGAUCCAAAACCUACGGAGAAGAGCACAAAGUAGCAGAAGAGCCAACUGCAGAACCCAAAAAUGGAGAAGAGAGCAAAGUAGUAAAAGAGCCAACAGCAGAGCUCAAAGCUGAUGGAGAGGAACAUAAGUCACUGAAAGAGCUAAAUGCAGAACCUGAGACUGAUGGAGAAGAGCGAAAGUCAGUGAGAGAGCCAAAUGCAGAACCUGAAACUGAGGCAAAAGAGCAAGAGUCCGCCAAAGAGCCAACUGCAGACACAACAUGUACUGAGAAGGAGGAUAUGUAUGAGGAAAAGAGACACGAGAGUGAUAGAGAGACAUACACAAGCGUGUCUGAGACUGGUAAAGUAGAAAAUGAAGCUGAAGAAGAUGAUCAAAUGGUGGUUAAGGAACUUGAAGAAGAGUCUGACAAGGCAGAAGUUGUUACUAUCCCUGGUUCAGGUUGA